AUGCCGAUAGAUGCGAAGAGACAAAAAGUAUUCAAAGAAGCCGAAAAGUGGUCAAAACGCUUAGUUGGAUAUGAUUUAAAGGUCAACAAUCGAAAAACGGUAUACAUGGAGAUGAACGUUACAGGCACCCUAUCCCUCGAUGACCAAUUGAAGGACCCAAAAGUAGACAGGUUUACAUACCUAGGCUCGAUGCUACAACAAGAGGGAGGUUGCGCAAAAGAAGUCAAUGCACGGAUUCAAAAAGGAUGGCUUAAAUGGCGAAGUAUAUCCGGUGUAAUGUGCGACAAGAAGAUGCCAAUAUGGUUGAAAAGUAAAGCUUACAUAUCCAUCGUAAGAUCGGUGUUACUCUAUGGAAGUGAAACAUGGGCAUUAAACGCUACGGAAGAAAAUUUAUUUCAAGCCACGGAGAUGAGAAUGAUACGGUGGAGCUUGGAGUAUACUAAACUCGACCAUAUGACGAAUGACUGUCUCAGAGCAAAAAUGGGUAUUCAACCUAUGGCGGACUUGAUAAACGAAAAUCGGUUAAGGUGGUAUGGUCAUAUACUAAGAAGGGAGACGAAUGAUGUAAUCGAAAAUAAUUGGACAUAG